AUGCUUGGCUGCUGCUUUUCAGUGGAACAGCGGAGGAGAGAUGCAGCUGCCUCCCAGGGACGAGUAUUCAUGCUUGUGAAGCUUUCCUCAGGCAUGGUGGAAUUCUUGUCAAAACAAGUUAAGAAGAAGCUGAGAUUGCUGAAGUCUGAGAAGCUUCUCCUUUGCAGGAACGAAGCGAUUGUCAUUUCUGGACAGAAGCUGGCCCGGCAGAUUAGGCAAGAAGCCUGCCACGAAGUGGAGCAGUGGGUUGCUGCUGGCCACAAAAGGCCCCACCUCAGCGUUGUUCUCGUGGGAGAAAAUCCCGCCAGCCACUCGUACGUGCUGAACAAGACCCGAGCAGCAGCCGACGUGGGAAUUAGCAGUGAAACAAUCCUAAAACCAGCCUCUGUCACAGAAGAGGAGCUGCUUGAUUUAAUUGUCAAGCUCAACCACGAUGCAAAUGUCGAUGGCUUGCUUGUGCAGCUUCCUUUACCAGACCAUAUUGAUGAGCGAAAGAUCUGCAAUGCAGUGAACCCUGAAAAGGAUGUGGAUGGCUUCCAUGUGGUGAACGUAGGCCGCAUGUGCUUGGACCAAUAUUCUAUGUUGCCUGCCACACCUUGGGGCGUGUGGGAGAUCAUCAAGAGGACAGGGAUCCCAACUCUGGGCAAGAACGUUGUGGUGGCCGGGCGGUCAAAGAACGUCGGCAUGCCCAUUGCAAUGCUUCUCCACACGGACGGACGGCACGAGCGCCCAGGAGGGGACGCAACAGUAACAAUUUCUCACCGCUACACUCCGAAAGAGCAGCUCAAGCAGCACACAAUCCUUGCCGACAUCGUGGUUGCAGCUGCAGGCAUUCCCAAUCUGAUUACUGCUGACAUGAUCAAAGAAGGCGCUGCCGUAAUUGAUGUUGGCAUAAAUAGAAUCCAGGAUCCCGUUACUGCCAAGCCAAAGCUUGUUGGAGAUGUGGAUUUUGAAGGAGUCAAGCAGAAAGCCAGUUACAUCACCCCUGUCCCUGGUGGGGUUGGCCCCAUGACUGUUGCUAUGCUCAUGAAGAACACCAUUAUUGCUGCCAAGAAAAUGCUGAGACCCCAGCCUCUGGAAGCCUUCAGUGCUUGACAGUGGACUUCUUGUGGCCAAAAGCGACAUUCCAGAUUGUCUCCCAACAAUAGGCUGGAAGCAAUGCAAUAUUUAUUUAUUUGAUGAAAUGUACUGGUGAGCUGCUCUGCAAUAUUUAUAUAAAGCAAUUUUCCUCCGAAGCAGAGUGGCUCCUGCCAUUUGUAUGUAUGAUUCCUACCGUUUAAGCUGCCGUUCUGAAAUGCAGGAGAUGAGAACACAGUUUGAAUUCUUGGUCUUUAAAAUGCAGCCAGAAAGAGUAACAACGGGCCAAAAAUGUGUCUUUAUAGUAGAAGUCUUUUAGUGUAUGCUUGAUGUUAACUGGCUAACCUCAGCCGAACCCAGGGUAUAAGAUGUUAGGAUUAUAGUGCAGCUAGUCUGGAGUCAAAUGUUACUAUUCUUUUCUACAAAGCCAUAUUUAUAUUGAAUAAUGCCUAACAAAGCAAUUGAUAGCUUGUUCAAUACUCAGAUUCUUCCUGUUUUAAAGGAAGAAUUGGCUUGAAAGCCAGAUGGAGUAAGCAUUAUUUUGUCUAAGCACCAACUUGCUUUGUGUUUACCUGGGCAAGUAGUAAUAUUGCAGGAUGUAUCUGAAUAAAAAUAAUUGCUAUCUGCUUGUAAAGUUUUGAGUUCCAUCAUAUGUUUUGUCAGGCUGAACUUAGCUGUGGUGUAGCUGGCGACCUGGGAGGAAGCGUCUCCUUUGUCUGUCAUCCCAGAUUCCCUCUGCUGCCAGUUGCCCCCCGGCCAGGAUAAUGUUUCCCUGAAUGGAUUAAAGAUCUGCCUUGGUGUCAUGUGGCUGUCCAGCGCACUUCUGGGAAUUCUAGGGAUUCAAGCCCGUGCAUCUGGAGAAGGUUGCAGCCGCGAAUAAUAUGCCCUAUCGUAUAACCUUUAGAGCAUGUCACGCAUAUUGCUGUUCUAGUAAUCAGGAAUAAAGGACUUGUAUUUA